CCCGCCUUCACAUUCACUCGAAUCAUACAUACUCAUUCACUAACUCUUUCGCGGCGAAAUUCCAAAAUUCUCUGUGAUUUGUGAUGAGCGAUCCCAUUCUCAUCUCCGACGACGACGAAGCUACUACUUCCCCCUCUGCAAAGAGGCCUCGAAAGAAUCCUCUCACCCCUACAAUUGAACCAUAUCCCGUACUAUCAGCCUCUUCUCCUUUACUCUCUCACGACGACGACGAUGUCACUGUCGUUACCGGAGCUGGAGUUUCUUCCCGCGGCCGCGAUGAAGUUUGUACCGGUAAAGGAGUAAUAUCACUUCUUGACUCGGAUUCUGAGGACACUCCUCCCACUGAACCCAUAAAUGCUGAGCAACCUUUUCGAUUGGACUCUGUUAUCAGUGAUUCAGAUUCUGAUAAUAGUACUGAUUGGUUGCGGGGACCCAGUUCUCAAUCUUCACUUCCCAAAGUUUCUGUUCAGGUCGAUUCUUACCGAGAGAUCGAAGACAAAGGUGCUGAGAAAAUGGGUCUCAGCCAAAAGCAGGCAUCUGGUUCUAAAAGUCCAUCUCUUUCUGGUAAAGCAGUGCCAAGAAAGCGGUUGUCAAAUGAUGAAAGAAUCCGUGCCACUGAGGAAAAAAAGCUAAGGAAAGAACAAGAGAAAUUACAGAAAGCUGCCUCGAAAGCAGAAGAAGCUGAGAAAAGAAAGUUGGACAAAGAAAUGCGGAAAUUGGAAAAAGGAAAAUUGGCGCUUAAAUCUAUCGUCGUCGAGAUUGAUCUUCAGUUGGUUGAAGGAGCCCUUGGAGCACCUCUGAUCUCGCUGUUCGCCGAGAAAGGCAUUACAUAUCGUGUAACCUCUAAUCCAAUCAAGAGAUCUAUCGUGUGGAAAAUGACACUUCCGGAGGGUGUUUCGCAGAGUUUACCCCUAGGGCCCAUUCCUUAUAUUUUACUUGCGUAUGAGGCUGCAGAGUUUUGCAAUCUUGUUGCUAAUGAAAGACUUCUAGAAAACUUGUCAAGAGUGCGGGACCAGUACCCAUCUUAUACAGUGUGCUACCUCACAAGUAACUUAACCUCCUACGUAAAAAAAAGGGAAAAUGAAGGUUAUAAGAACGUGGGUAAAUCCAAUGUUUGGAGUCGACCUCCUAUUGAAGAGAUGCUUGCAAAGUUAUCUACGCACUAUGAUGGAGUGCAUUCCAGGCAUUGUAUAGAUGGGCCUGAGGUGGCUGCACAUGUUGUUGGUUUAACAAGCAGUCUGGCCUCUUGCCAGUUUAGGAAAAAGUCAUCUUGGUUAUUCGUAAAUGCUGAAGGUUUGGUACCCUCCAUGGAUUCAGUUGACAAGCACUUGAUUAAAAAGAGUCAAUGGUUAAAAGCUUUAGUAGCAAUACCAAAGGUGCAACCGAGAUUCGCGGUAGCCGUAGGGAAGAAAUAUCCAACAAUGAAGUCUCUUCUUAAGGUGUAUAUGGAUCCUAACAAAUCGGAACGUGAGAAAGAGAUGCUUCUAAAAGACUUGAAGUUAGAAGGGAUAACAGGAGAUGACAGAAACUUAGGACCAGCUGGUUCUAAGCGGAUAUACAGAGUUCUAAUGUCUACGGCUGGAGCACUAAACACUGAUGAAGUGGAAGACUAGAACUAACAUUAGAGCGAUUGUGUCUAGAGAUUAAAUUUUUGUACAUAUAUGCGAAAGUUAGAAACUUGCGAAACAGUUUGAUAAUCUCAUAACUUUUUUCUCUAUUAAUGUUGUAUUUUCUAUAGGUUUUACAUCUCUACGCCCUGAACCAAGUCUGGUUCCUGGACAAUGCUGAUUAUCGAAUGCAGUCUAGAACCUUCAGGUAUCCCCAAAGGCGGAUUCUCACAGGAACAAUUAUCAACAGCAAAGAGCUCCCACUCCUUAAUCCCACAUUUCUCCAAUGCUGAUUGCAAUCUUUC